AUGGAAGGAAUAGACCAUAAACAUUAUCACGAUGAAGAGUUUGAUCACCACUUGCUUAUACAAACGUACGUUGGUCAUGAUGAGACAGACUCCAAAGAGGAACUGCUGAAUAUCCCACUGCAAAAAAUAUUUCAGUUAUUGUCCUCAGGUACUGUGAAAGGAGAAACUCUGAUAGAUCUCACUGUGGCUCCAGCCUUCAGUCAUUUAAUGGUCGCAGCUGAUUUCUUUAACGAGAUCUUCAUAUUAGACUCAUCAGACAGUUCGCUAAGGGAAACUGAAAAAUGGUUAAAUAAGGAGCAAGGAGCUAUAGACUGGUCUCAUGCGGCUCACAUUUCAUGUGGUCUUAAGGGUAUCAGUUCCCAAGAGGAGCAGCACACGUGCAGUUUCCCAAAUGAACUCCUGGACGCUGAGGAAGAGAAAGUCAGAAGAAUUGUGAAACGUUGUUUAAAAUAGGAUCCCACUAAUGACAAUCCACUGGGUUCCGUCGUACUGCCUCAAUCUGACUGUGCAAUCAGUGCCUGGUACUUUGAAGCCAACUGCAAAGAUCAUGAGAGUUAUCACAACAGCUUUAGAAAAUUCUCGUCCCUUGUCAAGGUGGGAGGUCACCUCAUUCUGUUUGCUCUUUUCAAUGGGACCUAUUAUACAAUUGGUGAUCACAGGUUUUCCAUGUUAAACUACAAUGAAGAUGUUGUGAAGGAAGUUCUCCAAGAAAAUGGGUAUACCACUGUGAUUUGUGAAAUAUAUGAAAGCAAAUUAAACACUCACUUAGUGGAUUAUGGCAAGAUUGGGUACAUUGUAGCUCGUAAGG